AUGGUCAAUAAGACAGCUGGCAAAGCUGUUUCGACAGCGCUAAAUUCAUUUGUUUAUGAUGACUUAGUAUUUCAUGUUCAAGGAAUCCAGCAUAAAAUAGUUGAAAUUACAAAAUUUCUUGAUGAUCGAUCGGAAAAUGAAAAGAAGAUAGAAAAUGAAUUGAAAUCACGUUCAUUAACAUUUAUUGAUCCAUAUGGAAAUUUGAUAGUCAAUAAAUAUAUGGAUCAUCAAUUGAUCAAUACAAUACUUAAAAAGUACAAGAAGGAUUAUGUCUCAAAAUAUUUACAAAAGUGGAUAAAAAUUGGAACAAUGAAAGAAAAUGUUAUCUCUCCGUUGAGUGAUUAUGAACUGAAAUCAACUGUAUCAAAAUAUGCAGAUAGUUAUCAAUUUGUCACAUGCGGGGAAGUGACUGUCUGGGUAGGAAAUUAUGAAAAUCUACCACCUCGAGUAAUUAUAUUACGAGUUCUGCUAAUGGAUAAUAUAGACAAAAUCAAAUUACAAUUGAAACAGCAACAACAACAAUUUAUAAACAUAGAACUAAAAUCAUUAAUAAUAAAUGAAAAUACACGACCAAAUAAAGAAAGUUGGAAUGAAGGUAGAACACUCAAAUUGGAUGAUACCAUUAUGUCAUGUCAGUUAUAUCAAGAUAAUUGCAUCAUCAUGGCAAAAUUGAUCAGAGA